UGCAGUGGAGAGAGACAAGAUCGCCCAAUGACAUCAUCAGUAAGCAGCUCUGUUGACAUCAUCAGCAAUGCUCUUGUGAAAAGGACUCAGAUCGUGAGAGUGGAGAUGGAGAUGGCUUCUGAUCUGGACGUGGAAGAUCCUGACGUGCAGAGGUCCUUCCUACAGCAGAUUGAACAGAGACUGAAGGCCAAGGGGUUGAGAGCUGUUCAGUUGUCCUGGAGGAAGCAGCCAGAUGGAAAGGUGUUCCACAAGAAGAAGAACGACAAGAAGAAGGAGAAGAGAGAUGAGUUCUAAACACACACUGAGUUUAUGUGGGGAGGU